CCGUGCCAGCCAACAUACAACACACCACAUCCGCGCGCCCAUAACACUUUGCAGCGACGGCUAUUGCUCACCCAGCAUAACGAAUACCGCAACACAUUACACGAACUCUCCGCAGGACCUUCAGACGCGAUAGGACAGCGUCAGUCGACUCCUACCACCGCGGUGGCCCACCGCAACGCCGACCCGGACUUCUUCGCGCUGGCGACCACCACGGCCUUCAGAUCAGGGGACGAUGCGCCGCCUUCAGACCCACCACCAUCCACGACGGCGCCGCUGAGCAGGAAGUCCACCGAGCUGUCCUACGCCCAUGCCUUCAUGGUUCACGGCAACUUGAGCGCUGGGGCUGGCAGGGACAUGUCGGUGGGUGCUGCGGAUGGCUACACGACCUCCACUACGAACGGCACAUCCCCCCGAGUCCUUCCAAAUGACCACCAUAAGACACCAGGCUCAGAGCAGCUCACACCAUUUACCGCGGACGCUCUGGCAGAGGCCUACCCGCCUACGUCAAACGCCAAUGCCGCGCCAAGACGCAGCACAAGCGUCAAGGAGGGCUUCGGUGGAAAAGAAGGCAGUGUGCUGAGCGUACCAAAUGCCCCCGGUAGUGACAGGGCGCCCAGUGCUAAGAGCAUUGCGCUGAGCAUGAAAAGCCGGCGGAGCAUGAACAAUCUCAGCGCAACAAACCUCUCCGUAUCUGACGGCGGUGAGCGGAGAUCGGGCGAAGCUGUCAAAGAGGCCACAACACGUCUAGGAGCAGCCGAAGAAGGCUACUUCACUGCUGUCCCACAUGCGAACGGCAAGCCUGCCAUUUCAGCGACCAAAAGUCCGCUGGGCAAGCCUGUCAGCAUCUCGAACGGGGAGCCAAUCACAUCACAACACCCAAUACGAAGCGUCAGCCAUGGACAGGUUCCGAUGACGCCCAGCUCCGCUCUCCCGCCAGUAGAGGAGAGCUCACCGCAGACUACUACAGAUGGACUAUUGAGGCCGCCGAGCGCCAAACCCUCAAAACAUCGUGCAUCUUCACCACCAGCUUUCGACCCCAGCCAGAGCUUAGUUCCGACUGCCACAAGGCCAGAUCGGUUAACUCAGCGGCAUACGCUGGAGGUACCGAGCGCGACACGUACUUCAAAAGAUGGGUCGGAUCCCUCGUCACAGCUUGACGGCGCAGUCCUGUCCACGGGCCGCUUUUCGCCGAAUACGCCGACGAGACGUAGAGCAUCUCUACAGCUGGGAAGGCGUAACACGCGGUCCGUGCACUCAGAUAUGCACCUGGAUGACAUUCCUCAAGAUGAGGAUGCGGCCAGGUGGGCAGAGCACAUCAGAGCGAAGCGCGCAUCCAAGAAGCAGCGAGCGGACACCGACGAUGACAGAGUGGUUGUGGGCACCAAGGUCGACCAGAACCAUGUCAACUUCGUCACCGCGUAUAACAUGCUUACCGGUAUCCGUUGCUGUGUUAGCCGCACGAACGCGAAACUCGAUAGAGAUCUCACGGACGCCGACUUUGAGACGAAGCACAAAUUCAGCUUCGACAUUAGCGGGAGCGAGCUGACACCCAGCUCCAAAUACGACUUCAAGUUCAAGGACUAUGCACCGUUUGUCUUCAGGAAGCUCCGGGCUAACUUCCAGUUGGAUCCUGCCGACUACCUCAUGUCCUUGACCUCGAAGUAUAUCCUCUCUGAGCUGGGCUCACCCGGAAAGAGUGGAUCAUUCUUCUACUUCUCACGAGAUUACAAAUAUAUUAUCAAGACGAUACAUCAUGGAGAGCACAAAUUCUUGCGGAUGAUUCUUCGGGACUACUACAAUCAUGUCACCGAGAACCCUAACACUCUGCUCUCACAAUUUUAUGGACUUCACCGAGUGAAGAUUCCCUAUGGGAGGAAAAUCCACUUUGUGGUGAUGAACAACCUCUUCCCGCCACAUCGCGACAUACAUCGCACAUUCGAUCUGAAGGGCAGCACGAUUGGCCGAGAUUUCAAAGAAGAAGAUUUAGAGAAGAAUCCUCGUGCAACACUCAAAGAUCUGAAUUGGUUGCGUCGCAAUCUACACCUCGAGUUCGGGCCCACGAAGAAAGAAGCAUUUGUAGCGCAGAUGCAAAAGGAUGUUGCUUUACUGCAGCGUCUGAAAAUCAUGGAUUAUUCUAUGCUGGUUGGCAUUCAUGAUUUGGAACGUGGUAAUGAAGAGAACUUGCGCGACAAGACUUUGCGUGUCUUCCAGCCUGAGGGAGAGCCGAAGGAUGAUGGGAAUCACACGCAAUUGGACAGAACACCAAGCAAAAUGGAGAACGCGAAAAGAGUCAAGGAGAUGCGGGAGGCGGUCAAGAGACAGAGACCUGUUCCCAUUUCACAGACUUUGGACAAGAUGCCAGAUGAGGCGCAUCGAAGUCCUUUCUUCUUUUAUGCUGACGAUGGUGGCUUCCGCGCAACUCACGAGGAUGACGCUCCUGGUGAGGAAAUAUACUAUCUCGGCAUCAUUGAUUGCUUGACGAGAUACACGCUGCUCAAAAGGAUUGAGCAUGCCUGGAAAGGUAUGGGCGGACACGAGUCACAGAUAUCGCCUAUUCCGCCGGAACGCUAUGGCGACCGAUUCAUCAGAUUUAUCUCUGGCAUCACAAUGUCAAGAGAACGUGCGGAGCAGGAACGGCUCUCGACGACAUUGGAGGCCAAUGCGGGCAUAACAAUACCCGCAGGGAUCGAGGGCACCGUUCGAGACGAGCGCCUCGGUGGCAUGAACCUCCCACCGCGCGAUAGUACCAACCCUCCUGGGACCGAAAAGGUCAUCCGGAAGGCAGAGCACCAGGCUGAGAAGUCACGCCGCAAGGGCUCGUCUGAGGAGGACGUACCCGAUCGGAGUAUCAUGGCAGUCAGAAGCCCUGGAGAUGCGCAGAAUGAUCAAGUCACACUGCCCGUUAUUGGCGAGGCGGCUGAGAACUCGAGCAAUGUCUCGCGCACACCAUCGCGGGUGACGCCGCAGCAGAGUGAAGAGAAGCUCUGGAACAACGGCACGCCGAUCAUUGGCAAUGCCAACAUGCCAGCGGAGGCAAUUGGUGAGAUUCCUCCUCCCACACCACCGAAAAUGGAUGGCUCUACGGAUCGCCGUAGUGAGGAAGAGAGGCGAAGCUGGCAGAGCGGUGGUCUUCCGCCGCCAACACCACCAAAGGAGUCGCGCCGCAUGGCGAACGCGACAGAUGACAGCUAUACGGACGUCGGCUGCUUCGAACUCCCUCGGACCACCAAGAUCCACGGGUUCCAAGACAAGGAAUUGCCGUUACCACCGACGAUGGUCCCGGCGCAGAAACAAUUCAGCGCGAGCCCGGCAGAUCUGUCACCCGCUGGGUACGACAACGACGAGAAGCACUCUGGGAUCUUCCGAAGGCAGAGCUAGGAGACCUUCCGUGAGAAGGGCUUGAGCGCGAAGAAAAGUCUCGUCGACCUCCGCCCAAAGCGAAGUUUGAUUGAUCUCAACGUGAGAAAGAGUUGGGAGUCGCUUCGCCGACGACUUUCGUGGUGGAAGCUUGGAGGUGGUGGAGUACAACAGGACUCUACUACUGCUUCUACACCUCUACCUACUGCAUAGAUGGACGGGAUUGGAACGCACGGGACUAAACAGCCAAAGUCCGCGUUUCCAUCAAACUGUCUCUUUGGGAUCUCCUUUUUCGGGGUGUUUCUUGCAUUUUCUUUUCUUUUUUGUUAAUCACGGAUGGGAAUGGGAAUGGGAAUGGAAUGGAACCUACCUGGGAAUUGCGAGCGAGCGAAAUCGAAUGGAAUCAAGGAAGGAGUGAUACUCUUGGAACCUAGAAGUCUCCUUUUCUUUUGGUUGUACUUGUGUGUUUUGUUUAUAUGUCCGAUACUGCUCGUUUUCUACAAUACUCAUGUCAUGAACAGGGCCCAUCAGCUGGGUCGCUCUUGCGAGAGGUUUUGAUUUUGUGUGUCUCUGAAUACUGGAAGGGAAGGGAGGUAGCAUGGGGAGGGAAGGUGUAGAGAAGCUGCGAAUCAGAUUUGAAGAGACAUUGAUCGAUCUUUCCUUUUGUGCAGUAAGAGCACUCAGGUAGGCGAUAAUGGGGGG